UGGUUGAGGCUCUGGUGGGUAGGUGGGUUCAGACCGAGGGGACUACGGGUCGGCGUUGGGCUCAGUGGGCUCGAACAAAGGACUCUCGGGCAGGACUAGGCGCGGCGCCUUCUGACGGGUACAUCGCGGCUUCUCUGCCAACCAGUGCCCUCGCCGCGCGGUCCCGUCGCCUUCUUCUCUGUUACCCACCGCCAGCACCGUGGUGGGGGGCCCGGCGCAGCGGCACCUGCUGCUGAGGGACCCCGAGGCCCGCCAGGGUGCUCAUGAUGGGGCUGAUCUUCGCUAAACUGUGGAGCCUCUUCUGUAACCAAGAGCACAAAGUAAUUAUAGUGGGACUGGAUAACGCAGGGAAGACCACCAUUCUUUAUCAAUUCUUAAUGAAUGAAGUGGUUCAUACAUCUCCAACUAUAGGAAGCAAUGUUGAAGAAAUAGUUGUGAAGAACACUCAUUUUCUCAUGUGGGAUAUUGGUGGUCAAGAGUCACUGCGGUCAUCCUGGAACACGUAUUAUUCAAACACAGAGUUCAUCAUUCUUGUGGUUGAUAGCAUUGACAGGGAACGACUAGCUAUUACGAAAGAAGAAUUAUACAGAAUGUUGGCUCAUGAGGAUUUACGGAAGGCUGCAGUCCUUAUCUUUGCCAAUAAACAGGAUAUGAAAGGGUGCAUGACAGCAGCUGAAAUCUCCAAAUACCUCACCCUCAGUUCAAUUAAGGAUCAUCCGUGGCACAUUCAGUCCUGCUGUGCUUUAACAGGAGAAGGGUUAUGCCAAGGUCUAGAGUGGAUGACCUCCCGGAUUGGUGUGAGAUAACUUUUUUGCUCGAAAGAGACUGCUCUAUUUAUUCUGUGACAUGAACAUUUUUUCCUAGUACCUUUGGCUGCUAAGGCAGCAGCAUGUUUAAUUUAUAACAACACAAACCUCUAUAAGCAACACUUGAAUCAAGUGCAGCUGAACUGGAACAUAAAAGAUUUUUUUCUUAACUUUUUUUUUAAUGCACUAAUCUUCAGCUGGAUGAGCAUAAUGUAUAACUGUUUUCAGCAACAGAAUUCUUCUGACUGCUUAUUCUAAUUAUUCAACGACUGCCUUGUAAGAAAUGUUUGUCAUAUGUUUAAUGUUUUCUGAAGCAUUUGUAAUAACUUUAAUGACCAAUUUCUUUCAUUUCUUGACUAUCUCCUGCCCCCACCAGGUAAUUACUGGUUUGACAGAGUGGUAGUAGAAACCAUCAGGCACUGCUUGCAAACUCACUGAGCAUUAAAUAUGUGCUCCUCUAUAAACCACUUACCUUUUGGAUAGAACUUAUUAUAGAGAAAGAAAUCUGCCUAGAAUAUAUGUGUGUGAAUAUGUACACACAUAUAUGUAUGGAAGAAGAAACAUCACAAGAACUGCCUUUAGGAGCUAAUUUCCCCCACAUUAAUGCAAGUCAUGGAAUAAUUCUAAGUUGCUAUUAGCAUGGAAAUUAAGUAGGCUGUUUAUCCAAAAGAAUUAAGUUCACCUUUCUGCCUACAACACAGGAUUGUUUUUGGUUAAAAACUAAUCAAGAUAAAAUAUUUCUUUCAAAGCCCAACUUUGCUUAUAAAUAUUUUGAAUAGAUCCGGUAUUUUAAGAAUGUCAUAUUAUUCAAAGCACAUAAAACUAUCAUAAGUUACUAAAGCAUACCGGCACUAAAAUUAAAACAAGGCACUUGGAAUAUAUCUUAUUAUCAAACAACUUUAUUAUCAGUAAAAAGUUCAGCUGUUCCAUUUGCAAGUGGUACUAUAUCUGCUUUGGGCAUUAACUAAAGCAGAAUUAUAAACCAGUUCAUUUUAUUUCUUAGAAUUUGAAAUUGUGUCUGAUACAUUUCCACCACUAGCAAUAUAUUACUUUAAAAACCGUAUGGCUUUCCUUAAAUCUGUUUAAGGUUGUUGUGUAAUAGGCUUGAAAUAAUUGCCAUUUUAUAAUUACACCUCGUGUUCUAAAAAUCUUUUUCUGGGUUAUACAAAACUGCUGAAUUUAAUCAUAGCCUUUAGAAUAUUACUCUGAGACUCAAGGUUAAUACACUGACAACUUACAAAUUUUAAAAAUAGUUAAAAACUCAUAAUUUAGCAGAAGUUUACAUAUUGGAUACCAUUAAAACAUUUUCAAGGCAGUUGUCUAAUAUGAACAGUAAUCCAAAUAGUGCAUAUCUUAAAAGUGAAGACAAAUAUUAUAAUUUUGAUCCUUUUUAUUUCAGAAGUUUGGUUUUGCUAUAAUGAAAGGGAUAAAAUGCUUCCAUAGAGAAUAAUACUUUAUUUUUACAGUAUUUUUCUUUCAUUUGGGUCAAAAAUAGGAUUCAGUGUUCAUAAGAAUAUCAAUACUUGUUCAAAAGUGAUAUUUUAAUUUUAAUAUUUUUAUGUAAGUUGAUUUAAAUUUUGCCAUUUUCAAGUAUACUUGAUUUAUUAUAUUUAGUCUAAUUAAUUUAGUUGAAUGUGGUAACAUUUUUCUGUUUUUUUUUAGUGGUAGCACACCCUAGAAUUGAAAAAUGGCCAGAGGAAAGCUUUCUGGGCUUUGGAAACUAGUUGUUCAUUAACCUUGUUUUGAACCUAUUUUUUUUCCUAGUGAUUCUAUACCAGAUAGAAGAUAAAUUUUGUUUUUAAUAUAACCUGUAAUCAAGAACAUGAGAGAAAAGCAGACAUAAAUCAAUAUGAAUGCUUUGUGGUAUGUAGGUCAUGGUGGGAGUAGGAGGAAUUAUGAAAAUACCAUUUCAGAAUUUCUAUCUUGGAUGUGUAGUUUAGCCAUGAAUGCUAAGGCUAAUUUUCUUAAUUCUGUCCUGAGAAAGAGCAUAUUUAAUACUCCUAUAUUUGUUCUUAUAAAUGAAAUCUGUCUUCUGUCUGAUAAGAUUGGCUGGCUCCAUUUUCUUCUAUCAAAUUAUAUGGGUUUUUUUUUACAUUACCACAUCAGCAUUAUAUUGAAAGUGUUAACAGUUGAUUGUAUUUUUGUCAAACUACUAGUAUAGACUCAAGUUUUCUAUUUAAUUUUUAAAAUACAAUUUAUUUUCAAAAUCCUUUUUUAAAACAAAACAUUUUGUUGGUUUUGAAUUAGAUUUAUGUUAGCUGUGUGCUGAUGAUGAAAUCAGCAUCCAGCUAGGUUUUGUGCCAACAACUGGGAAAGUUCAGUUGGGAAAUUCAAAGUAUUUUAUAGGUUCUCAUUAGAUAUUUCCUCUUAUAAUAGUAUGAAAACUGAUUAUCCUUUACUCCAAGAGAAUGGUUUGACCCUAGCAUAUAUCUAAUACUAAAGCAUUGAUUCUGACAUUCAUUGAAAAUCAACCAACUAUAAGAUAUUGUCUGAUGAAAAAUGUAAAUUUGUGCUUAGUGCCUUUAUUCAUAUUUUGAGAUAAGUUCUCAAUUUUGUAUCAUACCUGUUCUUUAGAAGUCAGAUUAGCAGCUAUUUAAUUUAACAUUGCAAUAGUUGAAGUUUCAUUGUCCCCAUUAAGUGGUCAGUUGCCUGGCAAAGUUUCUAGUAAGUGGUGGAAAGCAGGGCACCCAUUCACAUUACUUUCAGGAGAUUAUUUUCAUUUUGGUUUUGAGAAUAAAAAAACUAAAUUUUAACAAACCUUUUAUUGUAACUAAAAUGUAACUGCUACCCUUGUAAGUUUAAGGCAUUUUUUCUUAAUUGUGAACAUGUUGCAUUCUUCAUAUUUAAACCCAUUUUUCUUAUUGAGGCCCAUUUGAGAACUCUCAGAAUUAACAAGUCCUCUUGUAUGGGAACACACUGCAUGGUUUUUAUUGUUAGUGAUAAUUUAAUUCCUUAAAAUCUGAAAUAAUUAUCAUCUAUUGAAUAGCUGAUGAUUAAAUAUAUAGUUUUUUGCUUUUAAAUUCUUUGUUAGUAUGCUUGAAGGUAUAAUUUUAUUCUAUAUUCAUUAGGGAAAUGAUAAAUUGAAAUUUCACUGUUAAAAUUCAUUUUUAAACGGGUACCACUCCUGUAGCCAUAGUCAUUUUGAUUAAGCAUGAAAUUAACUUUCAUUAUCUAUAGCAUAAAGAGAAAAUAAUUAUUUUCCUAUGGAAACAGUGAGUGAUAUAGGUAGUGUUAUAAACAUUCUCUCAACAGUUAUGAGGAGUCACAAAGCAAAUUUUAAAACAAUAAAAGCUUUAUUUUUUAAACAUUUUUUUUCAUGUAGUAUCUCCUAGGACAAAUUAUAAAUGGAAUUAUCUCUGGCUGGCACUCAUUUAAUUCUUAACUAUGUAAAACAACAUCAGUAGAAAAAAAUUUAGUGGUAUUAUGCCUAGAAUAGAUAGGUGAAUUCCACUGAUGUUUAUCUUUGAAGACCAGCUUUAUGAGUGAACUUUUCAUCUGUGGCUUUGGAUCCAAAACAUUUCAUGUCCAGUUCAGUUCUAAAGGUUCUUUUAUAUUUUGUCAGGGUAAAGUCACUUUGAGAUACAGCAUGAUGACUUGAAUCUAGUAGAAUAUUGUGCUGGCUACCUAAAGAAGUGGAUUCAAAUCUUAAUUUGGCCAUUACCUUUUGACCUUAGACAGUUACUACUGUUUAUGGUCUUCCUCCUGUUUUUCCCAUGCAGAGGAACUUAAACAAAUUAUAGAGUGCCAACAUGUCUCUUGGUUUUAAAAUCGUGAAUCUAUUAAAAUCCUGAAUCUAUUAAAACACUAUUAAAAACUGGAAAAAAAUUAAACUAGGGAAAGACAUAUAAUAUGAAAUUUAUUUUUACCUAUCAUUUGAUUCCCACUUCAUUAUCAUUUCAUUUAGUAUAUGAAUACAAUCCAAUAAGAAAAUGAAGGUCAACUACUGCCACUCCACUUAAAUUGAACUAAUAGUUAAUGAAGUGCAAAAGAGAAAAUAAGCCAUAUUGCUAAGAAGAUGAUAUAUUAAGCUGCUGAUAAAAUACCAGUGUGUGUUGAAAAUACUCUUUUAGAAGAUACCUUGCUUAUUUUCCUGGCUUUUAUUAAUUGGAUGGAAAUGGUUAGUUUGAUCAGAGUUUAUUGGCUCUAGAGGCUGCCCCAAAUUGUAGUUCUGUUUGACUUUCCAGUAUUGAAAGAAUACUGGAAAUGUCAAUAUUUUACAAAUGUCUGUACAAAUCUGAAAGUAGUUUAUAUCUAUGGUUAGUUUUUUCAGUAACGUUCCAUCCUUAUUCAUUUAGCAUUACUGUAAAGCCAGGUUCCCAAGAAGUAUUUUCUGAGAGUUCCAAGUAGCCACAGCUACAUAGAGAAAGCCAAUAAAAACAAAACUUUUUAGCUACUUCUCUGUAAAUUUAAAGUAGAAAAAAAAACAGACCUAAAGUCAGCUUUAAAUGUAUGUGGUCUAGUGAAAUGUUUGGGAAAUGUUUAUUUGGAGGUUUAGAGGCAUACCGAAGCAGGAGUCAAAAAAGUUGGUAGUAAAAAUUAACAUGAAGUAAAAAAAUCUUCAGUAGAAAAUAGAAAGUUUGAAUGAAAACAAUGAGUUGUCCCCAUUCAAGGCACUUAAAAUUACUAGAAAAUUCUGUCUUUUACUGUAAUUGGAUGGCCUAUAUUAUUUCUAAUGUGGCCAAAGGACUAAAGACCAAUCAGGUUUCUAGAAUUUGGGAGCGUAGUCACAUAGAGGCAUCUUUUGCAUUUUUAAAAAAACCAGUAAUCUUCCUUUUCCCCUUAGAAAUGGAGAAAUAAAAUGUUCUGUACAUAUCUUUUGGAAUAGAAAGCAAAAUUCUAGAAGAAUGGAAGUAUCCUCUUACACCAACUUGUAGUUUUAAUUGAAAAAUUACCUCAUUUUUCAGUCCAUACUGUGCUUUGCUCGAGUUUGUGGAAUGUUCCACCAUCCCAUUAAAACCCUCUUCACCCAAGCUGUAUUUGAAAUAUGCAGAAUUCACAGCUAAGGGAUAGCAGUCCUUGGAGGUUUUGUUUUCCUUUACUCGCGCUUACCACCAGCAGAGCUAAUAACGUGAUGUACCAGGUUGACAUACUGCUUCAUUAAAGCACAUGGGCAAGUGUUUAGUCAAUAUUUAAUUAGUUUAAUUAAAAUCAAAUAAGGGAAAGGAAAAACCCUUAAGUUUGAUUGAUUACAUUAUACUGUGAAUAUAUUUCCAUCUGUGUUGAUAAGACAUCAAAUGACUAUCAGUUGAUAUUGAUUAUACAUAAUUUAUUUGCAUAUUCUGGCCCUAUUCAUGAGAGGCUAUAAUCAUUUUCAUCUUACAUUUUCCUUCAGGAAAUUCAGGGACUCUACAGCCCCUAUUCUCUUGGAGUAAACUGUUCAGUGUAGUUUAUGAAAACUUUUCAUUUUGGUUUUAAAAAAGGCUUAGCUGCUAGUUCAUUAAAAGUGUGAAAUAAAAUGAUGGUUAUGAUUUUUCCAAUUAUGUUAUAAAUUUUACCCUAUUCAUCUAUUGUACAGAGCAUGUUAAAAAAACAAAAACUAAAAGCAAUUACAGCUUUGCUCCUGUGUUUGGUCUAAUCAGAUUAUAAUGAUUAUAAUUACACAUUGCCAUCUUAACAUAAAUUGGUGCUUUUAGAGCAUUAAAGAGGAAACAGCAGGCCCUGUAUAAUAUAUUUCUUGCCUCAGAAUGUAAAACUACAUUGAAGUGUCUGUAUUUAUACUUGUCAUUUCUUAAGGUUUAAAACUGUUGUUAUCCAUCAAGCUUCAGGCUUUCUGCAAAUGCUGUAACAAUAUCUUAGCUAAUCAGCUUGGUCAAAUGAAAUGGUGUUAAAAAGGACAAAAUUAUGAACAGGAUCUCUCUGGGGGACCCCUGGUAUUGUACAGAAGGGGGGGGAAACUGUCUUUCAUGCCACAAACUGUGCGUCAUAAUCCCACCCAAACAACUGAGAUGUGUGUUAUUGGUUCAAUACAUAAGCAUUAAUAAAAUUAAAAGAACAAAUUACUUAAAGCAUUCACAUCAUCAUUUCCUCAGAGUGGUUCAAAGCAUGUUCUUCUAAAUGGUGGAGUUGUUUAAAGACAUGUUUUAAAUUUUGAUAGCUUUACUACUGUCAUAAAAUGCUUCUAUAUGUUAAGUUUAGGUUGCUGGUACUCAUGAUUUUUUACUUCUGCAAUUAUGCUGUAAUGAGUUGCUUGCAUGCCUACUUACCCAAGUGAAAGGAUGCUGUUUGCUCUGGAAUGUUCAUCUUUUAGACAGGUUUUGGCUCAUUUGCAAUCAUGGUGCAAUACAGUGUAACAUUCAUUUGUUUUCAGUCAAUAGUUUUAUUUUUGUCACAAUAAAUAAUUACUUUUCCAAUA